GCUGACAGCCUUGUGAUGAAUGUCCCGAAGAAGACAAGAGCAUGUGUGCCCUGUCACACACGAAAAGUGAGAUGCGAUGCAUCGCAAGUUGGAACACCAUGUUCGCGAUGUGUGGAUCGAGCUUGUGUGGAGGCUUGUGUGCCCUCGCCUCGCCCUCAGAAGAGGAUAAGGGUAGAACCACCAGAAUCUCCUCCGUUGAUCUCGCAAUUGGCGGCUUUCAGAGGCCAUCCGGAAGCAUUUGCAACUGGUAGGCAGAUUACAACGCCAGGGGCUGCACUUCAAGUGGACGAAGAGUUAGAGGUAAUCAAUAACACAAACGUUGGUGCAGACGAGAACCAGUCCAUUCAAAGGGGAGCCCGAGAACAAACGACGACAACCGAUCACAGCGACCAGGAAAAUAGUGCGCAAGGCGAGCCUAAUACUGCAAGAGACGACGCUGCUGCCCCUCGCAAGUUUUUCAUAGAAUACUACAAAGAGUUCAAUCCUUGCACCAUCGUCGGUGAUCUGCUAGGUCGACCAAGACGUCAAGGGCUCGUCUACACCGAAAAUACAGUGACUAUGUCGCAGUCUGCCAAAGAACGUGAGCUAUCUAAGCUGGAUCAAGUCGACCGAUCCUAUCUACAUCAGCGGGAUGUGCAUGAUAUGCCAGAAAAUGCCAUCUGUGCUUCCCUCAUACGGAAUUUCUUCCGUUACGUAUAUGUUCAUAUUCCAGUCAUCGAUCCUGCAGAUUUUGUUGAACAAGAUAAACAGAAAACAUGCUCCAGCAUUCUGCUCUAUGCAAUAUUCAUGAAUGCCCUACCUUUUGCGUCGAACGAAGACAUACAAAGCAUGGGGUUCACCAACAUACUAGCUGGUCAAACAGAAUUCUUCACACGUGCAAAGGUUCUGUAUGAUUUUGGUUGCGAGAAAAAUGAACUCAAGCUGCUACAGAGCUUUCUACUUUUGGCUUCGCACCAGCAUUCUUUAGACUUGAACCGAGAUUCUCGCUUUUGGUUUGGCAAUGCUGUUCGGCUCGCGCUGCAAAUGGGGCUUCAUAAAAGUGCUAUCGAAUCUGAGGUCGAUCCAGCUACAUACAAACUGUGCCGCAGGAUCUGGUGGUUCAUCAAGCAACACGACGUCUUCUCCGUGCUAUCCGGCCUGGAAAGCACCCAGAAGAUUAUUGAUGAGGAUACCGACACAUCCACCCUCACCCUCGGAAACUUCUCCACCAACAACACAGAACCUUCUCCGCACCCUCAAGACGAUGUUGUAGCAAAACACUACUUCAUAGAACUAUGUAAACUGUCGCAUAUAGGCUCUGACUUCCUCCAUCUUGUCCGUUGCCCCACAUCCUCAUCUUCAGCUCCCCAAAACCUCGAAAACAAAAUAUCAACAUGGCGUGCCAAACUGCCCCCCGAACUCUCCGCCACGCACCUCCUCUCCAGCGGUAUCGAUAUUCCAGCGAAAUCUUGCAUAAUCACUUUGCACAUGUCCGCUUUCCAGCUAGAAGUUAUGCUCUACCGCAGCAUCCUUCGCUCAUCAAACGAUGUUAACAGCAAUGAUCCCACAAAGACGAAACUAGAUGCCGCAGUGCUAGAAGGGGUGGCGUUGUGGAGGAAAGGUAUCGCGGUUGAUGUGGUCAAGGGUGCUCCCGCGUUCCUGAACGAAUUCAUAGCGCAACUCCUCGCCAUCCAAACCGAAACACUUCAAGCAAAUAGCCACAUCACCAAUUCCUCCAAUAACGGGGCUAGAGCACUGGGCUUUCAAGCUGAUUUAUAUGUGUUUGUUGCGUAUUUCGAGGAGUUUGAGAACAGGUGGCCUACUGCGGUGAAGUACUCUCAUCUUUUCCGGCGCGGGGUUUUUGAGGGGUUGGGGUGA